AGACAAGACCCGACCGUAAGUAGCCUAAGACUGCUGAGGAGGAAUCAAAGCUGAUAAAAUAAUAAAUGUUUGAUCUGCCAUGAAAUCCGAGAGGACCAGCGAAGGAAAGAUAUGCCCGUCUGGAUGAGAGACCCCCGCUGGGUGAAGACACGCAGCGUAUGUUAGCUGAGCCGUGAAAGCUCGCUGCCAUUGACUGGAGCUGAGGCUGAAAUGGGAGCAAAACGAUGAAAACCGAGCGCAGGGGAGUGAACAUCAUCGCGCAAAGCGUCGCAUCACUGAUCAUUUCAAGGUAUUAUACAUCAUUUACAGAUUAGCAAUUCGCGAUAUUUGCCACUGUCAGGACAUUGUCAGCCGAUGCUGAUAGGUUGAACGGUGGCAUUUAUGGUCGCCAGGCAAAUUCCAUUUUUCACUGUGCAGAUGUGGGCUGCAAGAAGAAUAGGGCCUGUUCGAUGGGUGAAGGGUUUAAUAAUUGAUCACGAUGAACAGCAACUUGAUCAUCUCCAGCAUUACAGGCUACACAUGGAUGGGUCUUCUGGACUGCUUUCACAUGUAAUGGAUGAUGAGGCAUGUUUAGGUGAGAUAGGCUACAUCAUGUGAGAAUAAUGAGACAUGCAUGUUGAAAUUUGCAAUAAGAAGGAGCACCUCAUUGUUGUUGCACCCGAGAAAACCAACAAAGCCUGAGCUGGAUUCACAUCAUUCUGAUCAAGAUGGGACUAACCUGACUUUAUGUCAACACUUUGCUGGAUGUGAAGCCAUACAUGCAGACAAUGCCAAGCUCUCAGGCGCCCGAUAUGGGCACAAAUUUCACUGAUGUUCCCUGGGAGCCUGUUUCCAGUCAAAACCCGUUCUGGUCCUCCACUGUUAACAGCGUGGUGAAGAUGGUGCUCAUAUCUCUCAUUGUAUGUGUGUCCUUGUUUGGGAAUGUGGUGGUUCUGCUGGUGUUCCAGAGGAAGCCUCAGCUCCUUCACGUGGCCAACCGCUUCGUCCUCAACCUCCUCUUGGCAGACCUACUCCAGACCAUAUUAGUCAUGCCCUUUGCCAUUGCAGCCACGGUGCCAGGUGUGUGGCCCCUGGAUGCCCGACUGUGCCAGACUCUGGUGGUGCUCAUGCACCUUUUCGCAUUUGCUGGGGUCAAUACCAUUAUAGUUGUUUCUGUGGAUCGCUACCUGGCCAUCAUCCAUCCUCUGUCCUAUCCCACCCGCAUGACCCCUCACCUGGGCACUAACCUGAUCAUCUGCACCUGGGUGCUCAGUUUCCUGCAGAGCACGCCUCCCCUCUACGGCUGGGGGGCCAUUGACUUUGACCACAAUCACAACGUGUGCUCAGUGGUGUGGUCCUCUAGCCUGUCCUACUCUGCUGUGGUGUCCACCUUCUCCUUCUGGCUGCCUGUGCUCAUCAUGCUCGGAUGUUACUGGAUGGUGUUCAGAGCAGCUCGGAGGCAAAACGCACUUGUGCAUCCCAUACAGACACAAUCUUACUCCCAGCCCUGCCCACAGGACUUCCAGGGACCUAGCAGUCCCCAGAGGCAGCCCCAGCCCCGGCAGGCCGAUUCACCUGAUGGCCCCCAUUCAGCCAGGGGGUACCCUGUCCGAGUUAGGCACAGACGCUUCCACUACCACUGCAAGGCAGCUCGUGUAGUUUUCGUGAUCAUGGCCUCAUAUAUCCUCAGCAUGGGGCCUUACAGCAUACUAAAUACUAUAUCUAUGAGUGCUAGAGCAGCUGUACCGCCCUGGCUGUCCUCCCUUGCCCUUGUGCUCUUCUUUUUGCAGUGCUGCCUCCACCCGUACAUUUAUGGUUACAUGCACCGCAGUGUGAGGAAGGAAUUUCUAGCACUGCUAUGUGGGCUGUUCUGCAAACAGGGCCGCCCCAGCCAGAGCUCUGCAGUGGAGAGCUGCUUCACAACUACAGAUGGACGUUUAGGUGCCCACCCUCACCUGCCCAGCCUGACUGCUCGAGUCUUCCCUCUACGGACUUGGGAAGAGUGCACAACAUCCUCCUCUCCCACUUCUGAGAGGAAGUCAAGAGACAGCCGUAAAGAGACCACCUCUACCAGCGUCAGCUCUGAGAGGGAGCUCACAGUCCACAGCAAGCAAAGCACAUAAACUGCCUUGAGGAUUAAUCGGAUAUAGACCAUGUACAGUGUGUUCACACAUAAGCUAACAUGCCUUCUUGACAACAGGGUCAUUCAUUCUGAAGUUGCUGGCAUUAGGGAUAGUGGUAUUACCUAGUUGAUCACCAACAUAAGGAUCUUUUACUAAUUUGUCAUGCGCCUAAGAAUGAUGAAUUAGAAGUUGAAUAUAUCUCAUGAAAAAAAUGACUUGGUCUAUUCAUUGUUGCAUUAUGAAUGUAUAAUAUACUGUCUGUCUGAAUGAAAGCCUAAACAAUGACUAACUUUAUUUUCAUUGGGUCAAACUUUGAGAAACACAGUUUUAAGAGUUACCAAGUGUCAGAUAAGUCUCAAUGUGUGCAGCUGUUAUUUAUGUAUUUUUAAGUUGCAUUAUGUUUUGUCUCUACAAACUAUUGUAAGUAUUUUAAAUGAAUGAAAUUAUUGUACUAGCUACUGUUACAGCAAAUGGGCAUUCUAAUAAAUCUAAAAUUUAAAAAGAUUCAAAUUAAAGUAAAACCAAGGAAAAACCUUUGCCUGCAGGUCUUUAAAUGUUUUUGUUUAGUCGAGAUAGAAAUUGUUAUGUUGGAUCAAAGCGGUUGGUGUUCUGACCACUUUGCCUUAAUCAUGGGCCAUAUAUGUCUUCGAUAAGGCAUUAAUCUGCAGUAUCUCCUUUAAACUUAUUGUGUGUUGUAUCCUCUGUGAUCCUGCCUGAGGGUACAGUCUUUGUGUUAGUGCAAGCAAGCGUCGCCUGUAAGGAACUCAGGGUAUGCUUGUGGAACAACGCCCAUCUCUGUUCUUGAAACUUGUAGAGCAAGUAACCGUGUGUGUUUAUGUCCCUGUUGCAGUAACUGUUCUUAGUCUCAAAUUGCCUUUUGAGCAAAUGAGUAGAAUAGAGAUUUAGUAUGCCUGCCAGUUACAGAACACACCAGAAUCCCUCUCCCUGAGGGGAUGGCCACAUUGUCUUAGCCUCUUUGUUUUCUUUAACUCAAAUAACAUAACCAAGGUGGAAAUGUUGCAUCUUACUGUGGUGUGCCACCGUAUAUCUGGACUCAGUAUUUGCUGCCUUUGUAAUGCCAUCCUUUCUUUGAGGAAGCAAAAUAUUUUUGUUGUAAAAAAAAUACAGAGAGCAGGGUAUGAUAAAACAUGACUCCAGUGGAUUUAACGUAGGCUGCAUGGCGCAAGAUCUUAUGUAACAGAGUCAACAGUUUCUUACAUUCCACUGAAUACCUGUACAGUAGAUUUUGUAAAGAUACCUCCUGAAAACCCUGUGUGAUUAAAGAUGAUGAGUACUUAUGUAACUCAUUUAAGAGAAAUGCAGUCCAUUGAGUUGAUUGGAUAGAUAAUGUGUUGCCAAAGGACGUCAAAGGUGCAUCACCAGCCAGGGGGCUCCCAGUGUGUUGUUAUUAUUAGUAUCAUUAUUGUUAUUAUUAUUAGACUGUGAUAGUUUUCUUGGAAACAAUUCACAAUUUAUGGGACCUUGCUGGACUGGUGUGGAUUUGAGCUUUGGUUUAUUGAAAAGGUCAGUGUAGAAAUCCAUACUACAGUAUUAUAAAUGACAAUCAAACUUGUAUAAUAAGUUUGUCAGUGUUGCUCUGUAAAAGACAAAAUGGGUAAAGUACAAUAUGUAAUAAAGUGUAUCAUAAAAUAAGAGAACAUUUUGUUUUUAAGUGCUUUAAAACAUAUAUACACAUAUUUUUGUGAUCUUUGUGCUUUUGUAUUAUUUCUGGUUUCA